AUGGCCAAGACAACACCACCACCAAAGGCUUCCAGCAAAGUCAAGGCACACAUACUGCAGCAAGAUGACUCGCGCCUCACCAGACUCCCCGCCGAGCUCCGCAACCGCAUCUACGAACUCGCCUUACCCGACACGAUCAUCAUCCCCAGGCGCAGGCCGAAAAUGGGCAUCCCUUGCAACAAAGUCUGCGCGCCUGGUCUGCUCCUCACAUGCAAACAGAUCUACCAAGAAGCUAUUGGCUUGUACUAUUCCAGUACCUCUUUCUGGUUCAAGAUUCCGGACGACUUCGCGCGAUGGGCUCGAAUAAUCGGCAUCAAGAAGCUGAAAGUGAUCCGCAAGAUCGUACUCAUGGUCCCCUACUCCUACGACCAGCAUUACAGCUUCAAGUCGGUCUACACCGGUAAUGGGGAGACAGUGCGCAGUGAGGGGAUUCGCGAUCCGGCAGCAGCAUUGAGGGCUACUGCAAACAAGGCUCAGGGCGUGCUCGAUGAGGCAGUCGCCAAGACCGGAGUCAGCGCGAAGGUGGUCAAUGUGGCCUUGCAAGUCUCGGCGUCGCGGCAGAAGAAAUGGUGGACGACAGAGCCGAUCAAGUUUGUGGAAGAGGUGAUUGCUGAGGCUGAUAAGAAGGCCCUGAGAGUCAUCGGCAGCGACAUGAGUAACCGACGCUUGGCUUUACCUGCUGAUGCGUAG